AUGCCCCGCGUCCCCACCACCAAAGAAGUCCUCCCCGGAGCCAACGUGAACAUAGUCCUGAAAGCCGACCAACCCACCGGCCGCACCGUCUCAGGGACCAUCGCCGACGUGCUGACGCGGGGCAACCACCCGCGGGGCAUCAAGGUGCGGCUCACGGACGGGCGGGUGGGGAGGGUGCAGUCCAUGAGCACGAGCACGGGGGGGCAGUCUUCAGACCCUGCUGCUGCAGCUGAAUUCCCCCGGGGAAGAGCUCCCCGGGACAGGCGGGGGGAGGCGGCCGAGCCGCCGCAGAAUAUCGGGCUGGAUGCGUUUAUCACCCAGCCGUCGCGGCAGAAGCGACGGGGUGGGAGGGGGGAGGUUGCUGGUGGAGGGGGGCUGGAUGGGGGUGCGGCGGCGGUUGCGGCGGCAGCAACGACGGUGACUUGUCCGGUUUGUGGGGUUUUUGAAGGGGAUGAGGCGGCUGUUGCGUAUCAUGUUGCUUCGCAUUUUGAUUGA